AUGCCGAAAAUUGUAUUGAUUACUGGUUGUACGACUGGAUUUGGUCUUGCUUUAGCUAUAAGAUUAGGCAAAGAUGAAGCUAAGCGAUAUCUUGUUUAUGCAACGUUACCUUUCCUACAUGAGAAAGAUGCUCUAGUUGCACAAGCUGGAGAGGCUGUAGAUGAUACUAUUUUUAUACGACAUCUUGAUGUUACGAAAGAAAAUACUAUUGAAUCGGUUGUGGUGGAAAUAAUCCAAACUCAUGGUAGUAUCGAUGUCUUAGUUAAUAACGCAGGCAUUCCAUUAACUGCUCCAGUCGAGACCUUAUCGCUUGCAGAUCAUAAACAGGUUAUGGAUAUCAACUUCUGGGGGACAUUUCUGACCAUUCGAUAUGUUUUACCUCAUAUGAAGAAACAAAGAUCGGGUCGAAUAAUUAACAUGGCUAGUAUUGCAGGUGUUCUUUCAGUGCCUUAUGAUCCCCUCUAUUGUGCAUCAAAGUUUGCGGUGGAAUCCUUAAGUUUAUCAUUAGCAGUAGAAUUACAAGCGUUUAAUGUAGCAGUAUCGAUCAUUUCGCCUUCUGUUGCUGCAACCAAUAUGUCAAAGAGGGCCGUCUCUAUUGCUAAAGAACUUGGAGUGAUGGAAUCGGGAAUGGAUGACAGAACCAAACAGCUCUAUACUACUUAUACAACAAUGUGGCAACAUGAUGAAAGUGCUUUUCAGCCUGUUGAUGAAGUUAUUGAAGUUAUCAUCAAGGCAAUGACUGACGAAAAGCCAAUUUUCCGAUAUCUUACAAGUACUGCAGCAGAAAAUCUAGCCAAAGUUAAGUUGAUAGAUACCACUGGAAACGCUGAAAUUGAAGGAGUUAAUGAAUUGACAAAGAACCUCUUUAUCAGUGCAGCUAACUCAUGA